AUGAGCCACAGCCCGCGCGAAAACAUCCGUGGCUCAGAGCCAGACACAGCAAUCGCGCUGUCACCAGCGACGGUUAAUAUUGGAUACCCGCGCUCCUCCCCUCCUUCCUCUCCGCGCUCCGCCCUUCCUACCUCUACGCGCUCCGCCGCCCUUCCUUCCUCUCUGCGCUCCUCCCCUCCUUCCUCUCCGCGCUCCUCCCCUCCGUCCUGUCCACGCUCCUCCCCUCCGUCCUGUCCGCGCUCCUCUCCUUCUUCCUCUCCGCGCUCCACCCCUCCUUCCUCUCCGCGCUCCUCCCCUCCGUCCUCUCCGCGCUCCUCCCCUCCUUCCUCUCCGCGCUCCUCUCCUCCUUCCUCUCCGCGCUCCUCCUUCCUCUCCGCACUCCUCACCUUCUUCCUCUCCGCACUCCUCACCUUCUUCCUCUCCGCACUCCUCCUCCCCUCCUUCCUCUCCGCACUCCUCACCUUCUUCCUCUCCGCACUCCUCCCCUCCUUCCUCUCCGCACUCCUCACCUUCUUCCUCUCCGCGCUCCUCCUUCCUCUCCGCACUCCUCACCUUCUUCCUCUCCGCGCUCCUCCUUCCUCUCCGCACUCCUCACCUUCUUCCUCUCCGCACUCCUCCCCUUCUUCCUCUCCGCACUCCUCCCCUCCUUCCUCUCCGCACUCCUCCCCUUCUUCCUCUCCGCACUCCUCCCCUCCUUCCUCUCCGCACUCCUCCCCUUCUUCCUCUCCGCACUCCUCCCCUCCUUCCUCUCCGCACUCCUCCCCUUCUUCCUCUCCGCGCUCUACCUGCUGCCCGUCUCUCCUCCUUCAUGUUAUGCUUCCGUGCCAUGCCAUCCCUGUUUCACCCACUGUUUCCCAGUUCUUUUCACUCUCGCGCGCAACUUGUCACGCGCCUUUCCUAGCGAAGCUACGCACAUCACUCCAAUAUUCUGCCCUUCUGUCCCCUCGCCUGCCUCCGCCUCUUCUCCCCACACCAUGCUCGUCAUGCCAUAUUCCCUUCCCGCCAUGCCAUUUCCCCUUCCCGCCUCCCUUCUCCCCUUCCCGCCUCCCUUCUCCCCUUCCCGCCUCCCUUCUCCCCUUCCCGCCUCCCUUCUCCCCUUCCCAGGAAGGAAUGAUGCGCCCGGAAAGGACAGGGCUUUCCGCAUUGGCGGAAGCACUUCUCGCCGUGUUUGACGCGUGGGUGAAGCCGCAUGUGGGACAAGGGAGCGGUUGCACAGCGGGUUCCGCCACCACUCUGGGUAGCCACAGCAGCACCAGCGGUGGGAAAAGCGGGCUGGUGGGGAACGGUUCGGACGGACCCAGGCCAUCAGCAUUGGACGAUCAUCUGGCGUCGCUGCUGACUUCAGGAACCGGAGCAGUGGACGAAGCGGGGCAUUGGUCUGGUGCGGAGGGGGCGGUGGAACUGGUGGGGGUAGUACCCAUGGGUCCGUGGCGGUUAAGGCCGUGA